UCCCUCAGCCUGAACUCGGGCCGCCUGGCGGCUGUCACUUGUGCCCCGCGUCUUGGCUCCGCGCGCCUCCCCUCUUUCCCGCGUGCACCCGGCCUGAGCCCCGGUCCUCGGGAGCAGCUGCCAGUGUGCACGCCCCCCUAUCUCCCUAUCCGACCACAUGGGCCCCGGGGCCAUCUGCCCGUGGAGGGGCCCCCUGCCUCGCCUCCAGGUCUGGACCUGGAUCGAGCCGGUGGUGGCCUCCAACCAGGUGGCCACCUCCCUCUACGACGCGGGGCUGCUCCUCGUGGUGAAGGCAUCCUUCGGAGUCAGGGCCUUUUCCAACCACAGCGCCAGCCCGUCACCCAGGGGGGCACUAGAGGACCAACAGCAGAGGGCCCUCUCCAACUUCUAUAUCAUCUACAACCUUGUGAUGGGCCUGACGCCCUUGCUGUCAGCCUACUGGCUGGGCUGGCUCAGCGACCGCUACCACCGCAAGAUCGCCAUCUGCGUGCCGCUGCUGGGCUUCCUGCUCUCCCGCCUCGCGCUGCUGCUCAAAGUGCUGCUGGACUGGCCGGUGGAGAUGCUCUACGGGGCCGCGGCGCUGAACGGGCUGUGCGGUGGCUUCUCAGCGUUCUGGUCGGGGGUCAUGGCCCUGGGGUCCCUCGGCUCCUCCGAGGGCCGCCGCUCCUUGCGCCUCAUCCUGAUUGACCUGAUCCUGGGCUUGGCGGGCUUCUGUGGCAGCAUGGUCUCCGGGCAUCUCUUCAAGCAAAUGGUUGGGCACACCAAGCAGGGCCUGGUGCUGACCGCCUGCAGCGUGAGCUGUGCCACUUGUGCCCUUUUCUACAGCCUCUUGGUGCUGAAAGUCCCUGAAUCCAUGGCCAAGCCCAACAAGACUGCGGAUACAGUGUCGGGCACAGUCGGCACUUAUCGCACCCUGGAUCCUGAUCAGCCAGCCAGCCAGAGUGUAGUGGGGCACCCUCUGGCUCCUGGAAAAGCACGGCCCCAAAAAACCAUCAUCGCUCUGCUCUUUGUGGGUGCCAUCAUAUAUGACCUAGCGGUGGUGGGGACGGUGGACGUGAUCCCCCUCUUUGUGCUGAGGGAGCCUCUCAGUUGGAACCAGGUGCAGGUGGGCUACGGUAUGGCUGCGGGGUACAUCAUCUUCAUCACCAGCUUCCUGGGCGUCCUGGUCUUCUCCCGCUGCUUCCGCGACACCACAAUGAUCAUGAUUGGGAUGGUCUCCUUUGGGUCCGGGGCCCUCCUCUUGGCUUUUGUGAAAGAGACGUACAUGUUCUACAUUGCUCGGGCCGCCAUGCUGUUCGCUCUCAUCCCCAUCACAACCAUCCGAUCUGCAAUGUCCAAACUCAUCAAAGGCUCCUCUUACGGAAAGGUGUUUGUCAUCCUGCAGCUGUCCCUGGCUCUGACCGGGGUGGUGACAUCCACGGUGUACAAUGAGAUCUAUCAGCUCACCAUGGAAAAAUUCGUGGGCACCUGCUUUGCGCUCUCCUCCUUCCUCUCCUUCCUGGCCAUCAUCCCGAUUGGCAUUGUGGCCACGAAGCAAGCCUCGUUGUUGCAGUGUGGUGACACGGCAGAGAAAUGAAGGUGCUGAUCUGUGGGAGCUGAAAACACGCAGCCGUGGCCGGGCCCCUCCAAAGACCCAGGAAGAGACCAGGAACUGGGGACCAAGGCGGCUCCUUGCCCAAGAAACCCGAGUUGGCCUCAGACUGACCUGCUCUGGUGCAGGGCUCUCCCUGGUGGGUGGGGAAAGCACUUUCCUGGUGAUGGAGGAACUUUCUGAGCUUUCAGACAUUGAAAUUAGACAGAGGUGAGGUUCUGCAGGCAGGAGAGCUCAACUUGCACGGGCGAUACGCAGGCUGCACCCACAGCCAGACCAGACCCCGAAGCCUCUUUCUUCGAGGACCAUUCGCUGAGGGCUCCCACCUGGGGCCAACUAGUCACCUAGGGAGUCCAAGCCCCACAUUUUCAACAGCCCGAGGGAUAAUGCGGAGGGGAGGUUUGGUAAGAACUGCCACCAGUGGGCAUGCCAUCAAUCUUUGUUAAAUGAAAAUAUAACCUUGAAGGAAAGUUACUUUCUUCCCUGAGCCUGUGUUACCUGCGAACAGCUCCAGAGAGAGCUGGACCCCUGGCACUUGGCUUCAGGGUUGUUUUGUUGUUUCGAAGACGCAACUACCCCAAAGCUUUCUUCAAUGGACUAUAUGAAAUUUGAUACUUCAGUCAACAGUCCUUUCCAAACUGAGAGAUAUGAAGGGAGAGGGGAGUGGAAAUAUGCUGAGAGGCCUUUUAUUUUGAGGUACUUAUUUUUAUAGCCUAUUUUACGACUAUAAAGGCAGCCUCACCUGCUAAUAAAAUCAACGUUCAUAACA